AUGCGAGGCAAAUGCCGACUCUAUGCCAAUGUUAUCGCUUUCUGGAUCCUGGGCUUGCUGAACAACUUUCUCUGGGUGGUGCUGAAUGCUGGAGCAAACGAGAUCAACUCGGCUGGCAUUGCUCUGGUCUAUCUGGCCAACGUGCUGCCGUCCUUGACAAUGAAGCUAAGCGGUCCGUACUGGUUCCAUUAUGUCAGUUACAAGUACAGGAUAUGGUUGAUCGCGCUGCUUAUGGUCCUCUGCCUCAUCCAGGUCGCAUGGGGCCAUGGCCCCUAUCAGAAGCUGAUCGGAGUCGGAAUGGCUUCCAUGGCUGCCGGUAUUGGCGAGGCUAGCCUUCUGGCGAUGGCAUCGUUCUACGAAGCCAAGCCUUGUCUGACUGCGUGGUCCUCGGGCACCGGCUUCGCGGGCAUUGCCGGCUACGUCUGGAGUCUCCUCUUCGACUUCCUCGAUCUUUGCUUCCAGGUGGAGCUUAUGGUGGCUCUCUGGCUACCUGUGGCCUUCCUGCUGGCCUUCCACUGCCUUCUCGGACCUCCCUGGAUCGACGAGGAGCGAGGCGCUCGUGUGGAUUGUCCUGCCGACAGCGCCGACUCCAACAGUGAGCUGGAAAGCGAAGAGACAGUGUCCGUAGUGGAGCACCACGCCUCCGAGCUGGCGACCGCAAAGCUCUCUUUCCAGGAGAGGUUCGGCUACAUCCUUUCGCUGUGGCCGUACACGGUGCCGCUCUUCUUCGUUUAUGCAGCGGAAUACACGAUCCAAUCCGGAUUCUGGGCUGCCAUGGGAUUCCCGGUGACAGAUCCCACAUCUCGGCACCAUUUCUACAAGUGGUCCAAUUUCAUGUACCAGAUUGGCGUCUUCAUUUCCAGGUCGGCUUUUAUCCUGAUCUGCCGCAACCGUAAAGUGCUAUGGUGCGGCGGAUUUCUGCAGGUUGUGAUGGCCCUCUUCUUUGCUGCAGCGGCGUGGCAACCCUUCGGCGACUGGUGGCUGUUGGCCCCGGCCUUCUUCGUUGGGUGCUUGGGAGGCGGCGUCUAUGUUGGCGCCUUCACGCUCAUUGCUGAGGAGCAGCCUGCGUCAUUCGUGGAGCUUGCGCUCUCUGCGGCAUCGGUUGCUGACACCUUUGGCAUGAUCGCCGCAAACAUCAUGGGCCUGCUGAUCCAGGGCUGUGUCUUCGGACACUUACAGGUCGUAGAUGAUGUGCCCAACUUCAAGUGUGGCUACGACAUCUGGGACUCGGUGAACAAAACCAUUCAGGAGAAGACCUACCACGGGCAUUGCUUCCCAGGUGUCAAAGGCUGA